AUGACACGAAAAUUUUUUGUUGGAGGGAAUUUCAAAGCUAAUGGAACAAUUGAAAGCAUUAAAAAAAUAGUAGACUUUUUAAAUGAAUCCGAAUUAGAUCCUAAUGUUGAUGUUGUAAUUUGUCCUUCUGAACUUUAUCUUCUUUAUGUCAGAGAGCAUUUAAGAGAUGAUAUAUGUGUAUCUGCUCAAAAUGUUUAUAAUAGUCCUCCUGGACCUUAUACAGGAGAAAUCACAGUUGAGCAGUUAAAGGAUGCUAAGAUAUUAUGGACGAUUGUUGGUCAUAGUGAGCGUAGGAUCUAUUUUAAUGAAAGCAAUCAGUUUAUUGCUUUAAAAACAAAACGUGCUCUUGAAAAUGGGAUGUCUGUUAUUCUUUGUAUUGGAGAAAACUUGGAAGAGCGUGAAUCAGGUCGUACUAUUGAUGUAGUAACUUCACAAUUGCAAUCUGUUUUCCAAUAUGUAAAGUGUUGGUCGAACUUGGUUAUAGCUUAUGAGCCUGUUUGGGCUAUUGGUACAGGAAAAGCUGCGAGUCCUGAAGAGGCACAGAAUGUUCAUAGUGAAAUACGACAAUGGUUAAAGAAAGAACUAGGUGAGAAAAGUGAUAAUAUCCGUAUUAUAUAUGGUGGUUCAGUAACAUCUAAAAAUGCAAAAGAAUUAUCUUUGAUGGAUGACAUUGAUGGAUUCCUUGUAGGUGGUGCUUCUUUAAAAUAUGAAUUUAAAGAUAUUAUCAAUAUAAAAAUCUGCACGUGAGUUUUAAAAAAUAAAAAUAAUGUUAUCUAUGGAAUUAUGG